GAUAAGGAUUAUCAAUUUCAUAAUAAAGUUUACAUCAUUAUAAAGAAUAUUUGACUAAAUUCGGACCGAACGUAUCGAAUUUACCUUGAAAUGUCUGCAAAAAAUGAUUCGCAUAAUGCCAUGGAAAGAUUUUGUCUUCAGUUCGAAUAGCUUAUAUGAGGGACUUUUAAUGGUUUAUCGUGCAUCCAGCGAUGAAACGAAAGAACAAUUGAAAAGUAUUCUCAAAUUACCGAUACAUCUUGGAACAAAAUUCUGGGCAUUAGAUAGAAUAGUGAAGAAAAAAGAACAAAAAAUGUUUCAGGUUACAGGAAUGAAAGAGUGUUUUUGCACUAAGCAUAGUUGUUGGAUUAAUGAACCAAACUUUAUAAAACAAUAAGUACAUAACUCCUGAAAACUACAAAUUGUUUAAUUGUUCCGAUAUGUAUAAAGUAAUAAAUGAUAUUAACGAAGAUUGAAAAGCGAGAUGCAGGCUUACAUCCCUCAACCUGUGAUAUUUAACACAAUCAAUAACAAUAUGGAAUUGAUUCUUUCGUAUGGUCUUUGGUUUAAAGAAAACCGUUUUGUUGAGACACAAUAUAAAAGAACCUACAUAUCUCACGAACUAAGCAUGUUCAUGACUAAGAUAGUGUUUGUAAACGGGAUGUGUAUGUUCAUGUUAUUUCCUGCUGUGCAGGAAGAUAUAAUAGCUGAUAAAUAUACAAUUGGUGAAGACAUUUCUGGAUUGGUCGAAAGAUUGACAACUGAAGAAGGAGUCCAUACGUUUUGUAACAUGCUAACUGAGAUAGAACUAAAAGAAAUGUUGCCGGAAGAAUAUACGAUAUAUCUCGAUGUCUUCGAAUUGGAGUACGAAUUGCCGAUCGAUCAGUUGUUCGAAAUGUUGGACAUCAAACAUGUAUUGAGCCCCGAGAAUGCCAGACUGUUUGGUUUUACUGAAGAAAAUCUGCAUCUCGGCGGUGCAUAUCAUCGUGCAUAUAUCAAGUUCACAUUAAAGAACGCUACUGCUAAUGCAAUUAAUGUAUUCUUUACCGAAUCCGGAGGGUCCCUUACAUCACUUCAGGAACCUAGCAAUUGCACUCACAAUCAGUGCAAAAAAUCUUUUGUCUGGUUGAUAUAUAGCGACUCUAAAAGAAGUAUCCUUUUUACUGGCGUUGUCAAUAAAAAUUGUUAAGUGAC